AUGCUCACUUUGGCAAGCGAGUUGAAGUGGGAUGACAGUCUCAAAGGGUCCCGCUUGGUAGCCCCAGUGUCCCACUCUACCAGGAGGGUGUCCGUGAGAAACAAGCUGCUCAUCAAAGAGGUUACAGAACUUGAAAGUGGACAUGUUCAGUUUGAAACUGAAGUUCCUGACGUGUACAGCAUGGUGCCCUUCAAAGUGAAGUGCCUGACCAGAAUCUGGCACCCCAACAUCACAGAGGCUGGAGACAGCCAUCUGAGUUUACUACGAGAACAUUCAAUUGACAGCACUGGCUGGGUUUCCCACAAAGAUGCUGAGGAUCUUUUGAAUUUUGAUGAUCCAUUAAAUAUUGACGUCUCAGAACAUUAUUUGAGGGACAAGGAGGAUUUCUGGAAUAAAGCUGACUACUACAUUAAAUCCCAGCGAGAUCAUCAGGCAGGACAGUUUGACAGUUUACCCACAGCACAGAGAGAGGGAGAGAGCGGGCGACUUGUGCCAUCAUCGGCUGUCCCAAAUCUGAAGCCCUGA